AUGGAUGCCAUCGUUGGUUACCGAGUAGUGGGCCCGCUUACGGUACAUCGGAAGAUCAAGGAUGUCGAAGAAUUUGUCCAGCUUGCAUUGACGAAAGUUGUGGAUGAAGUUUUAUCUCAGCAGUAUAGCGACCAGGUAUUAGGCCUACUGGAAAGAGAAGAAGAACCGUUGUCCUGCGAACCGACAGUACCUUGGGAUUGCAACGAGGGUGCAGAGAUCCCACUCGAAGUGUUACUAAAAGCUCCGAAUGCCGUUUUGAAGGUGAUACCUAGCCAGAAGCUGAAUGCUGUGUCAGUUACAAAGUUGCAGAACGUUCCCGUUCAUGUACUACAGCACGCAACUGUGGAAGUCCUCCAGAAGCUACCAAUACCGACCCUUAUAGGACUUGGCUCAGUUCCACCACACGUGCUUCAGUCAGCACCCUUAUCUGUGUUAACGGAUAUGCCAGUAACAAAGCUGGAAAAAAUGGGCAAUGUACCUUCUAGUGUACUCCAACUGGCACCGCUUGACGUUCUCCUACGUGCUCCAGUAUAUGUGCUCGAGAGCACACCAGUUGAGCUAUCACUGGAGGUGCCAGUUGAGUCGCUACUUCGAGGCCAGGCAACACACAUCAAUGGCCUGACACGAAUGCAGACGACACGGGCCUCUAUUAACGGAAAUAGUGCUCCUGCAUCCCAAGGAUUGCAGGCUGAUUUUUCUUGGGUUAAGAAAGUUAAUAAGAAACUCGAAUUGUUCGGGGUCAAGGCCAGCUGGGUUCAAUUUACGAACGUGGAUAUCGCUGCUUUUUCGCUGCAGUCGAAUGGCAUGGCCGAGUGA